AUGAGAGUAUUUGUAUCCUCGCUAAACGUGCCGAUUGGCUACUCUACCCCAGACUUCCCAUCCCUCUAUUGGCCAAUAGGCGCUCACCAGCAAAAGUACCAGGAACUGUUUCUCUAUUACUCCUUUGACAUUUGGAAGUUCACAGUCUACUGGACACUCAUACUCUUUGGCGGAGUAUACAGCACGGUUGGUGUUAUAUCGCUAGCACAUAACCUUUUCAGCUCAUACAGACACAGAUUGCCGAUUCUGAAGCUUUCGAUGGCUGUGAACAUUACUACAAUGGCGCUAUGCAUAUUCAUAGGACUUUUCCGUGGUUUCAUAUCUAGUGCUGUAAUAGGCAUUAUGCUAGGUGCUAUUUACAAAGCCGGCUCAUUAACUAUGAGUACAUGGAUUCCGUUGAGUUGGGGCUGUGCACAGGUGUUAUUUGAUAUUUGUACAUCGUAUCUGACAAGUCUGAUAUUGUUGUAG